GUCGCAUUUCUAUUCGCGAUGUUCAGCGUCAGAAUCCACUCUCUCGACGCCCCUCACACCGAAGAAGGCUGCAGCCGCAGCACCGCCGCCGUCGCCCCGCUUCACCCGUCACCGGAGCUCCUCGAUGACGCCGUCGGGGAUCUCCACGAAGAAGCGGGCACCAGCUGGAACCCUAACCCUAACCCUAGAAUCCACCUCCUCCGCGGCAUCGUCCAUCUCUACCGCAGCCUCUUGCCGCCCUCAACCUCUUCAUCGUCGUCCUCCUCCUCCACCAACCCCCAGGCUUCUUCCGAGUCCCUUCUCCCGGCUGUACGUGGCACGCUUCUCCUGAUUCUAGCAGUUCCAAGCCGUCUCUCCCCGGAGGAUCUCCUUCGCUUUUGUGGCUCCUACGUCGAACGUUCCUCCGCCAUCCGGGUCAUCAGGAAUGAUGGGAUUGAAGAUCGAUACAGUGUGCUGGUUGAGUUUGAUGAUCAGAAAAGUGCUGACGGAUUCUAUCUUGAUGUUAAUGGAUGGCGUUUCUCCACGGAGGGAGAAGUUUGUCACAUUCUCUUUAUAGAUUCUGUGGAGUUCACCGAGUCCACAAAGAUUGCAGGAACUCCCCCAGUUGGUUCCUCUGAGUUGCCUACAUGCCCUGUCUGCAUUGAGAGAUUGGACCAAGACAUCAGUGGGAUUAUUGCAACAACUUGUGAUCACUCAUUUCAAUGCUCAUGCAUUUCAAAGUGGGUUAAUUCUUCUUGCUCUGUGUGCCAAUUUUGUCAGAAACAUUCUGAAAAACCGACAUGCUCAAUUUGUGGGACACCACAAAAUCUCUGGAUCUGUGUGAUCUGUGGUUUCGUUGGAUGCGGAAGAUACAAAGAAGGUCAUGCUAUCAGGCACUGGAAAGAUACUCAACAUUGCUAUUCUCUUGAUUUGGAAACACAACGGGUUUGGGACUAUGUUGGUGAUAGAUAUGUCCAUCGACUAAAUCAAUCUAGAAGUGAUGAUAAGCUGGCCAAGUUAAAGUCCAAUAGCAGAUAUGUUGGUGAAAACUGCAUCAAUUGCGAAUGCAGUGAUGACCUUGGAAGUAGUGGAGCUAUAUUGAACAGUAAAGUUGAUGUGAUUGUGGAUGAAUACAACCAUCUACUUGCAGGUCAACUUGAAAGCCAGAGACAGUAUUAUGAAACUCUACUUCAAAAGGAAAAAGAAAAUAGGGAGAAGUACAUUUCUGAUGCUGUGGAAAAGGCUGUAAGUUUGAAGCUGCAAGAUAUCCAACUUAAAAUUGGAAAUGUUAUGAGGGAGAAGAAAGCACUUUCUGAUAUCAAUGAGAAUCUUAUGAAGAACCAGAAUAUUUGGCAUGAAAAAAUCAAGGAAGUUGAAGAAAGGGAGAGAACAACACUAAAGAUAAAGGAUGACAAGAUCCGUGAUCUGGAAGACGAGAUAAGAGAUUUUAUGGUUUUCAUUGAGGCCCAAAAGACACUUAAUGCUGUUGACACAGACAAUAUCCAAGGGGGUACAUUGCUGCCCGUUCCUUUGCCGCAGUCAACUUCAGCUAAAACCAAAAAGUCAUCAAAGAUCAAUAGAAAGAGGAAUUAGAAGAAGUUGUCCUAGUUAAUCAACAAAUAGUUAUUUCAUGUUACAUCAAAGUCAUUAGUACCAAGAAUAGAAAUCAAAAUGUAUAGCUCAGGCAAUCAAUGUAUUCUAUGAAACUUUGGUGCUGCAUGGUCUUUCUCAGUGAGUGAGCAAAAGAAUGCAAUUGAAGUGCGUCGUUGUUGUA